UCAGGGAGGGGAGGAAAGUGAAUUAUGGAAGACGAAAUAAGCCAAGAACGUGAAAGGUCGUUAGCAGCUCCUCUCAUAUUUCUGAUUGUUGCUGUUUUUAAAUUUGCAUACUAUUGUCUAGAUCACGCUAAGAAGAAGAGUGGAUCCGAUAGUGAAAAAGAAAUUCAGUUGCGUGCAGAAAUAAAACAACUUUUGAAGGAGGCAAGUUCAAUGUCGCAGCCAUCAACCUUUGCACAGGCAGCAAAACUCAAAAGGCUGGCAGUUGCCAAGGAGAGGGAACUUUCAAAGUACCAAAAUUCAUCUCACAAAGAUGAUAAUGCUUCAUAUACAAAAGUGCUUCUCAUCUUAAAGUAUUUAACAUAUGGAGUGCUGCUUAUCUGGUUUUGGCGUGUUCCUGUGGCUAGCAUAUCUCUGCAACUUGUGCAACCAUUUGGUUGCUUGUUAUCUUGGAAGACCAGAGGAGUUCAAAAUAACAGUAUCGCGAUUGGGAUAAUAUCUUGGUUACUAGUAUCUGCUAGGGUUUGCAGAUUUGUCCGUCGAGCUUAUAGCAAAUAAUAAAUAAAUGAUAACGAUUUUCAUCGUGAAAAUUAAUAUGCUUCAAAUCUUGGUUUUGAAGUAGAAUGGAGGUGUUUGUGCUUAAUACAUCUGUUAGAAUUGUAAGAAAUUUGUUCUUGUAUU